GCGCUCUAAUUCAGAAAGUGUUAGGUGGAGAGAGUUUUAAAAAUAAAAAAAGCAUUUUACAAGAAAAUACUACCUUUUCUCCCCUUAAACCCUCAAAAAGUCAAAACCUUGAGAAGGGCAGAAAAAGGCGCACAUUGUUGAAGCUAUCUACUUGAAAGAAGAAGAGUUGAACAAUGGCUUCAACCGCCACAAUUCUCAGCCGCAAUUCUCUCUCAUCCUUACGCUUACCGGGGUUUCCCCGUUUACCCGUUUCACAGCUCCAUACCCGAACCCGAAUUCAACCAAAUCCACCUCAUACAACCCGACCCGGACUCCCCUCUUCUUCUUCUUCUUCUUCUUCUUCUUCUUCUGCUAUCAGUUCUUUAACUCAUGGAUUGAAAAGUUUGCAUCUUUCGAAUAUUGAAACUACAAGGUUCGUUUCUAGUAGCAGUAAUUUUCAGAUGUUAGCGGUUUCCGGCGACGGAGGUGGUGGUUAUGGAGGUGGUUCUGGUGAUGGAAACUCAAGUGGUGGCGGCGGUGGCAGUGACAGUAACAGUGAUGGUGGUGGGAGAAACUGGUCAGUGCUUGCCUGGUACUUGUCUCUUCUUGAGAAGUAUCCUGUAUGGACAAAAGCAAUUACAUCUGCACUGUUGACACUUUUUGGAGAUCUAAUCUGUCAGCUGUGGAUUGACCAAGUAGCAUCUGUGGAUGUAAAGAGGACGUUUCUAUUCACAUUCUUGGGCUUUGCUUUGGUGGGUCCAACUUUGCACUUUUGGUACCUCUACCUGAGUAGAUUGAUCACAACUCCAGGGGUCACUGGUACUCUCAUGCGCCUUGUACUAGAUCAGUUCCUUUUUGCUCCAAUUUUUGUUGGGGUUUUCUUAUCCUCUUUGGUAACGCUUGAGGGAAGGCCAUCACAAGUGAUUCCAAAGCUUCAACAGGAGUGGUUCUCAUCUGUCCUUGCAAAUUGGCAACUUUGGAUACCUUUUCAAUUUAUCAACUUUCGGUUUGUACCUCAGCAGUUUCAGGUCCUUGCUGCUAACUUCAUUGCUUUAGUGUGGAAUGUCAUACUGUCAUAUAAAGCCCACAAAGAAGUUAUUGUAAAAUAGUGCAGAUUUUAGGUUGUUGCUCCGCUGCCUAUUGAUGCCGAGAAUCUGGAAUAGGCAUAUGAUUUAUGCUGCGCAAGUUUCUUUUGUUUGGAUCUAGGUUGAGAAUGUUUUUGGUGUUUACUCUUCCAGAUCAAUAUGAAAUAUGGUUUAGUGGGAAUAUUUUGUUUAUCUCAUUAAUGUUCUCUCGAAUCCUGACUUUGCUUUUCAUGUGGAAAAUUUUCUUAUGCAGACAGUAUCAGAAUUUAACUAAUUGCAUCUUUUAACAUUCUA